AUGGCUCGCAUUGACGAAGAACGUGUUGAGGAUGGGAACUUCCACCACGACCCAGUCGACUACUCCGCCAAUCCUCCGUACGUUCGGGUUGUGAGCGUUUUGGCCGAUCUUUCACUUCACACUCAAUACAUUCAAUGUGAUCUACAACACGUCCAGAUCACGUCAAAUUAUACUGCAGUUUCGUACAGAUGGGGAAACGAGAGCCCUACUCACCCCAUUCUGAUAAAAGGAAAGCUUCUCAACGUCCGGGACAAUUUAUGGAUCUUUCUCAACGACGCUCGAAUAACUCCUCGACCAAGAAAGGAAUGGUUCUGGAUCGAUGCAAUUUCAAUCCAUCGAGAAAAUAAGAAAGAGCGAAACCAUCAAGUCCUACAGAUGGGCCAGAUAUUUCGACGAGCACAAGGAGUCGCUUUUUGGCUUGGUAGAGACCCCAACGAUGGAUUUCGGAUAGUCUUCGACGUCAUUAUCACCCUCCGGGCUAGAGGUUUCCUGGGACCCAGAUACGGUAAACGACAACUAAACGUAUCGCAAGAAGAGUCUAUCCGUGAUUGUGAUUCUCGAGGUAUAGACCCUCAAUCCUUCGGGCUCGUAUUUCCCGAUCAAAAUACCCGAGAGCAGUUCUGGGAGGCUGUCUUUACCAUAUGUGCGAAUGAAUAUUGGUCUAGAGCUUGGAUCGUUCAAGAAGUCAUUAUGGCACGACAAGUCGUCCUUUUAUUCGAGACCUUCGAUAUCCUCUGGACAGAUUUCUCAGACUUAUUGAUAUUUCUUCUGGGCACACCACCAUCGACACAGGAGAUCUCCCCAGGGUUACGGCCCUCAGUUGAACAGAUCAAAAGGGAUAUUCGCCAGACAAAGGCCUUUUGGUUUUGCAAUCAACGAGGGAAUUUGAAAAAUGAGUUCGACUUGGAAAGCAGUUACUGGAAGAGGCUCAGUGACCGGCAGAUUGGGCGUCCUCUAAACAAAGGCCGUACAGUGCCUUAUCAAACCUUGGAAGAGCUCGUCACUAUCCAUAGGUCAUCACAUUGUGCAGAUCUUCGCGACCGUGUGCACAGCCUCAUAUCACUUGCUAUGGACGGUGCAGGUUUUACUGUUGAUGUCUCUCAGAGUUUGAAAUUUGCGGAAGUUCUCCGGAAGGCACUCAAUCUCACCCUUACAGAACUCGAAAGAUACAACAACACACUCAGCAAGAAUUGGCAGCUUCGUAACCGAGGAGAACACCCAAUACGCUGGGAGUCAACGACCGUCCAAGCUGUCUCGGACAAUAAUCCUAGCAGCAAGGGCAUGAACCUCUACGGUGCAUCUGCAGCACGCCGCCAGAAGUCUCCGCAAAUCCACUCCUGCGUUUAUCCUCGCACGGCGGAAAACUUGCGUCCCAUCCAUGUAACCUCGUUCCCCCUGGGCGAGCAACUCGGCCGCGAUAACUCCGAAGGACCAAAUGUCGACUGCGUUGGUGUGGGCCAGUUCCUGCUUCCAGAACUAGAUCCUCUCCUCUCCUCUCGACUCUUUCCACCACGGCGCACAAGGUACUCGAUACUUCACUCUUUCGGCAUCGUUCAUCGCGACCUCAAGUUUGGUAAUAUUCUCGUUGUCCAACUCGAUCCACUACGUGUGGUCAUUACUGAUUUUGGCCACGCUACGACCUUUACAAACUCCAAGGACCACAUGAAAGGCACAAUCAGCUACCUCCCUCCUGAAAUAAUCGAGCUGAAAGAAAGGUCGAAGGACCCGAAGCGUACCCCACCAGACCCAGCCUUACGUUGGUCGUGCAAGUCCGAUGUCUACAGCUAUGGCUUAGUCGGAUGGGCUUUGCGUCAUGGAUAUUUCAAGCGUCCAGUAGACGGUAUCGACAGGAUCGUGCACAAAGGUCUUCUAGCAACUCUUCAAAAUUCCAGGACAGCCGCAGAUGAAGUUUUGGAAGAUAUGCUGGCAUGGGAUUCCGACUCGAGACUAGAAAUGUGCGGGGUCCUGCUGAAACCAUGCUGGUCCGGGCCCGAAACACCGUGCAUUGAGAAAAAAAGAUUUUUCCCCUCAUAA